CCGCAAUCGUCGUAGAGAGAGAGCCAGAAUCACCAUGCCCGUCUCUUUUGCGCGUCUGGCCGGUCCCGCCGCCAAGCGGGCAUGCCUGAACGCCGCCCGCCCCCAGCUCCGAUCCGGAUUCCCUUCACGACCCAUUGCGCGGUGCCUGUCGACGUCGCUCCCCCGCCGAUACGCCCAAGUCGACGAGAGCCAGCGGACGCGAUUGGUUCCGACCGACUCCAACUUUGCAGGCGUCGCACCCACCGAGACGGCCCAGGAAACCCGGGCGGAGGAGGACGACCAAGUAGACACCAGGAAGAUCCGGCAUUACACAGUCAACUUUGGUCCCCAGCAUCCGGCUGCCCACGGUGUGUUGCGUCUGAUUCUCGAACUCAACGGCGAGGAGGUUGUGCGCGCCGACCCGCACGUCGGUCUGCUGCACCGAGGCACAGAGAAGCUGAUUGAAUACCGGACAUACCUCCAGGCGCUGCCGUACUUUGACCGUCUCGACUAUGUCUCCAUGAUGACCAACGAGCAGGUCUACUCGCUGGCUGUCGAGAAGCUGCUCAACAUUGACAUUCCCCUUCGUGCCAAGUACAUCCGCACCAUGUUUGCCGAAAUCACGCGCAUCCUGAACCACCUCAUGUCUGUCCUGUCUCACGCAAUGGACGUCGGUGCUCUGACGCCCUUUUUGUGGGGUUUUGAGGAGCGUGAGAAGCUCAUGGAAUUCUACGAGCGUGUCUCUGGUGCCCGUAUGCACGCAGCCUACAUCCGCCCCGGUGGCGUUUCACAGGAUCUCCCUCUUGGUCUGCUUGAUGACAUUUACCAAUGGGCCACGCAGUUUGGCGACCGCGUUGACGAGACAGAGGAGAUGUUGACAGACAACCGUAUCUGGAUUGGCCGUACCAAGGGCGUUGGUGUUGUCCCAGCUGCCGACGCCAUCAAUUACUCUUUCACCGGUGUGAUGCUUCGAGGAUCUGGUGUUCCAUGGGACGUGCGAAAGUCUCAGCCAUACGACGCCUAUGACCAGGUCGAGUUUGACGUUCCCGUUGGUGUCAACGGUGACUGCUACGACCGUUACCUCUGCCGCAUGGAGGAGUUCCGUCAGUCUCUUCGCAUCAUCCACCAAUGCUUGAACCAGAUGCCCGCUGGACCUGUCAAGGUUGAGGACUACAAGAUUGCUCCUCCCCCACGUGCUGCCAUGAAGGAGAACAUGGAGGCUCUGAUCCACCACUUUUUGCUCUUCAGCAAGGGUUACACGGUUCCUCCAGGUGAGACGUACACUGCCAUUGAGGCGCCCAAGGGAGAAAUGGGUGUGUACAUUGUCUCGGACGGUAGCGAGAGGCCAUACAGGUGCAAGAUUCGGGCUCCUGGAUUUGCACACUUGGCGUGCAUGGACCAAGUCUCCAGAGGCCAUUUGCUGGCCGACGUGGUGGCCAUUAUUGGAACCAUGGACCUGGUGUUUGGCGAAGUUGACCGGUAGUGUGUACAUUCUGCAAGCCAAUCAAUGUAUGAUUUUUUGUUGCAUUUCGCUGAGAUGUGAGGUUUGCCCAAGUUACCGAAUGCUAGAUGG